UGAAGCAUAUUUUGACCCAUAUGACUCUGUAAGGCGUGGAGAGCCCACUGAAGUCACGUUUGUGUACACUGAACCUGCUGCUCCCGAUGCAUGUCCUGCGGGGCGCUGAAGCACAUCGUUGUUCCUCAGGCAGCGCGAGGGCCGGGCACAGGUUGAGUGCGGGUGCCAGGCCGUCACCCAACCCCGCGGCGAGAUCGUGCCCGCGCCAACACCCGCUGCCACCUCCACCACCCGGGGGGACCCGUCAUGGCCCCCUGACACCAGCAGGGGGACGAGUGCCACUCCCGCCCCUCGCACUCCAUCAUAACGUCCACAGUGCCCGCCCCGUGGAACACAUCUCCACAAACCGCGCUAAGUGGCCGCUGCGGUGCCCAGAUUUCUGCCCAGGAUCUGAAGGCCCUGACUCGUGGCACUCCAACGAGCUGUCAGGUUACUCCCGGUGAUCCUUCAUGCCCGUGGCAUUGAGGACGUCCCGCACAGCCCCCCGCAGCAGCCCGGAGUGCCAAGCGGUGCCUCCCGCCGCCUACAAGAUUUAUUGCUCAGGCGGCCCUGAGGGGGAGCCCAGUAAGAUUUAUGUUUGGACGCCGGCACUGGUUGAAAGGGUGAGCGAGCGUCUGGCUGACUGGCUACCGAGACGCGGGGAGGAGCCAACACGUGAGUGACCUGAGGUCGAGAUGGGCGAGCCGGGCCCGGGGCAAGGGUCAGUCCACCUGGUGAGUUGUGAGGGUCAGGACGCGAGCACCGCCGCGCCAGCGCACCUCGCCGCCAUGCAGAAGACGUGCUACGAGACCUACCCGGCCCAGCCUCCCGCCUUCAGCUCCUACUACGACAACGCCUUCAACAACGGCUACGCGUACGACCCCGCGGCGUGUGGACAGUACUACGACGAGUACGUAGAUUAUCGUGCGGCGUGUGGCCUGGCCUCCAACAUGAUGCCCCAGCAGCUGAUGAUGAGCCAGGGCACCCAGCAGGACUACAACUCGUUCGUGGCCUCGCAGCAGAUGGGCUACUACGAGUACGAUUCCUCCUUCGCCAGGGAGUACCCGGCCUGGGCGCGGGAGCAGCAGCAGCCCCGCACCAACGGCAAGAAGAGCCCUGACUCGCUGCUCACCACGGCCUGCUCAGCCCAGGUCACGGCGCUGCCCACCUCCCAGCAAUCGGUACAGUCCCCAUCACUCUCGUCGACACAGCCUUCCGUCAAGCCCGCCAGCCUCCAGCAGCCCCAGCCGCCUCAGGGUCAGCCGCCCACCGUGAUCACGCCGCCCAACCAGCUCACGCCCAUCAGCCUUCCCUCCGGUGCAGAUUACGGUGAGAGUGGCGAGGGGAGCGGCACCGGAGGGGUGGGGGGCCAGGGCCCCGGGGCGCCCGCCAAGCGUGCCCGCACCGCCUACACCUCGGCGCAGCUGGUGGAGCUCGAGAAGGAGUUCCACUACAACCGCUACCUCUGCCGGCCCCGGAGGAUCGAGAUGGCCGCGCACCUCAACCUCUCGGAGCGCCAGAUCAAGAUUUGGUUUCAGAACCGCCGCAUGAAGUACAAGAAGGAGCAGAAGGCCAAGGGCAGCAUGGACAAAGGUCCCAACUCACCCUGCGCCUCUCCCGUGACCUCCGUGCCCCCCAUGUCUCCCUCGAGUGACAUGGCCUCCAUGCCACCAACAUCCCAGUGCCAUGCAGGCGCCUGUCAUGGCCCGGGACUUUCCGGAGGGCAACACGGCCAGUUGCCACACCGCCUCCAGACGCCAAACCUGCAGGAGGCCCGCUUCUACCACCUGGCAAACUCCUAUGCGGGGCGUAAACAGCAUCUGGGGAACGCCAUGGCCGCGAUGCCGGGCCACCAUGGCCAAAUGUCACAGUUCAUGGGACCCCAAGGCUACUCACACUCUGCAGGCAUGUCUGAAGGGAUGUCCCUCGAGCUGUCCAGCCCACCAGGCCACCAGCAGCUGCAGCAGCACCACCAGGAACAACACCAACAUCACCAUCAGCAGCAGCAACAACAACAACAGCACCAGCAGCAACAACCCCAACAACAACAGCAGCAGCAGCAGCAGCAGCAACACCAAAGGCAACAGCAGCAGUCCGCAGCACCCCAGCAGCAGGACCGUCCCCACGACGUGCAUGCAAACCGUCCGUGCCCCCCGCCGCUCCAGGACUACUCUUCGUGUGUCCUCGCGCCGCUGCAGCCCCAAACCUCCCAGACUCGCUCUCCUCACAUGGCUCAGGAUGUCAAAAAGACGAUGGGGUGGGCCUCGCUGCCGCUCUUCACCCCCAGCACCACCGCCGCCAUCACCUGCCUGGCCAGCAGCUUUCCGUCGCCGCCCCACGACAACGAAGACAAGCUGGUGUCCCUCUGAGGCUCGGACACACACACACACACACACACACACACACACACACACAACCCUCGCUACACUCAGGUGACAAAUGUUCAGGACUUCUGCGUCUUCCAGCGUCUCAGCCGAAUCAAUGUUGUGAAGGACCUGCAAUCCUUAUUUAGCGAGUAGAGUAAGCAGUAUGAGGCAUGAGGUUCUAACAUGUGUGUAUAUAACGUUUGCUGACUUCCUCAUUUCAUUCUCUUAUCAAUAAAACAUGAAGUUGGUGAACCAUAAAGCCUUUCGUUUUACCACCUCCUCUGAGCAACAGCAACAGCAGCAGCGUGAGUAGGAGCAGAGGGAGCAGGGCUGGGAAAACAGAGGUGAACGCAGCAGCUGUCAGGAGAGAAGGGAAGCGUGGAGGCAGACAGGGCCGCCCCGAGGGUCCGUCAGCCAGCUCAGGGCCGCGACACUCCCUCAGUCCCCGAUAAAUACAUCAGUUACCCCCGAGGCCGGUGACGAGUCGCCGGGCCACAGAUGACAGCCAGUUGUAUUCAAAGGUUUACCGAGAGCUCGGCGUAAUGUGCGUAAUGCUCGCCCAUUCACAGAGCUUUCCCACAGUGCAUCGCCGAAGUUCAGAUAGUUUAGUAAAGAUGACAUGUUUGAACGCCCACUCAGCAUCCGAGACGAAGGUUUUCCGCGAACACGAACGGAUGAGGC